GAAUUCAAGUUAAAAAUAUGGUUAAAAUACUGAUUGUGGAAACCACCACUUUGGAUGGAAUAAGCAGCCCGGCAGAUUACGCUGCCAGUGCCCGACAGAAAAAUUAUUCGGCUUUGGCAGUAACCGACCAUUAUAACGUCCAAGCCUUUCCGGAGUUCAGCCAGCACCAAAGCCCAGAUUUGAAAAUUAUUUAUGGUUGUGAAAUGGAAAUGUUAGAGGACGAACUACCACCUUAUUUUUUUAAUCAUUCAGCAACGAUUUUAGACCAAAAAAUAGAUAAUUUGACUUAUUGUGUUUUCGAUUUGGAAACCACAGGCUUUUUUUCGCAAUACAAUGAAAUUAUUGAGUUAGGUUAUGUUAUUUAUCAUCGAGGAGAAAUUAUUCGAGAAAAAGAAUAUUUAAUCCGCCCCCAAAAAGAAAUUCCAGCCGAA